AUGCAGCACUGGCCGCUGGUGACGACGUCUCUCAUUGAGUAUGCGGCGCGCUGGCAUGGCAAGCAGGAGAUUAUCUGCAAGACUGUGGAGGGCUCCACUGUGAUAUUCACCUACCGUGACCUGUGGGACCGCUCCAAGCUGUGCGCUCUGGCGCUGAGGGAGCUCGGGGUCAGGAACACUACGCGCCACAUGGAGGCUUGGUACGGCAUCAUGGGGCUCAGGGCGGUGUGCCACACCCUCGACCCGCGACUGAGCGCCGAGGACAUUGCCUGGAUCGCGGACCACGGGCGCGACACCUGGAUCAUGGCGGUUGCCGCAUUCCUGCCGCUGCUGGAGCAGAUCCUGCCGCUGUGCCCCAAAGUGAGGGGCGCCAUCCUGCUCACAGACAGGCAGCGCAUGCCGCGGUCCCCGCCCCUGGAUAGACCCUGCCUCUGCUAUGAGGCGCUGCUCGAUGCGCAGGUGGAGCGCCUGGCCGCCUUCCAGUGGCCAGAGCUGGACGAGAACACCCCCUGCGGCCUGUGCUACACCUCCGGCACCACCGGCAACCCCAAGGGCGUCAUCAACCUGCUGCAUGUGAUGAUCACCAUCAUGCCCGACGCCCUGGCCAUGGGCAGCACCACCACCAUGCUCAUGGUGGUGCCCCAGUUCCACGCAAAAUCCUGGGGCAUCGCCUUUGCUGCCCCCAUGGUGGGCUGUCGCCUGGUCCUGCCCGGCCCCCACCUUGACAGCGAGAACGUCUACCACAUGAUCGAGGCUCACGGGGUCAUCAUGUCAGCGGGCGUGCCCACGGUCUGGGCCAACCUGCUGGCCCACGUGGAGCGCCACGGCCUGCGCUUCAGCCGGCUACAGGCCAUCGUCAUCGGCGGCGCCGCCGCCCCGCGCUCGCACAUUGCGGCGUUCGAGGACCGCGGCGCCGAGGUGCGGCACAUGUGGGGCAUGACCGAGCUGUCGCCUCUGGGCAGCCUGGGCCUCCCAAAGUACAGCCAGGUGGAGGGCGGCCUGAGCCAGGCCGCGCUGCGGGACCUGAAGUUGGCGCAGGUGGACGGCACCAGGCUGGGCCGCCCCCACGUAUUCUGCAACAUGCGUAUCGUGCACGACUCACGGCGCGAGCUGGCGCAUGACGGCACCUCGGUCGGCCACCUGCAGGUGCGGGGCCCCAUCGUCGUGGAGCGCUACCACCGCCAGGACCGCCCUGCCACCACCGGCGGCCGCUGCAAGGACGUGAUCAAGUCAGGGGGCGAGUGGAGCAGCCGCAUCGUGCUGGAGAACGCCGCGCUGGGGCACCCCAAGGUGUCCAAGAGGCGGCCAUCAUCGGCGCCCUACCCAAAGUGGAACGAGCACCUGCUGCUCGUCGCCGUGCCCAAGCCCGGCGCCACCCCCGACGACGCUCUGCGGCGGGACGUCCUGGCUUUCAUGGCGUCGCACCCCGACGUGGCCAAAUUUGCUGUACCCGAUGACGUGCUGUUCGUGGAGGCCAUCCCUUACGGCGCCACCGGCAAGGCGAGCUUGGGGCCUGCGUGGACUGAUUGUUUGUUGGGUGCUGCCGUGGUUUGA